AUGCAGCUUUUGUCAACGGCGCUGCUGUUUGUGUUCGUGAGUUCCGCUUCCAGCGCCUCGACCUUCUAUGCAGGUGUUGUGCACGUUUCGGGCCAGUGCCAGCCGUCAGAGGUGGACGCUAAAACAUGCACGUCGGACCACACCGACUACUGCGACAUUGCGGACGGCGCCGUCUCACAUCUCGGCUACAACAUCAAAGAUGUGCUGCACGAGCUGAAGCCGCUACACACCCUGGCUGACACCCCCAUGUGUGCCGUUCAAGCAGCGAGGUACCUGUUGAACCGGAAGGUCUGCGCACUAAUUCUGCUUGGCGAUGAGGACGCCAGGAUGGGGGAUGUGUUUUCUUUUGCCACGAACAUCAGUAUACCAAGAAUCUACAUAAACCCACAAAGGAUACCCGGCGACCAGCCGCCCGACAUUGUCACCAACUUCUACAUGAGACCCCACCCGAGGGACCUGAACGUGAUGAUGACUGACAUUGUCACCGCAUACGGCUGGAAGACUGUCGCCAUGCUGUAUGACGGCGUGUACGACAUAGAAGGCGCGGAAGACAUCCUGGCACGAGUCACACAGAGUGGAAUCCGGCUUGGAGCGUUCCUCAUCCCCGGGAACGCCAGCGACAGCGACUUAGCGGCAGUCCUACUGAAGAUUAAGCAAUCCGGGUUUAAGAAUAUUGUACUUCAUAGCAAGAUCAACGUCAUUGACUCCAUCUUCCAGCAGGCAGUAAACCUGGUCAUGCUGAAUCCUGAUUUCCACUGGAUGAUCACCAACCUGAUCUGGGAGGAGCUGGACCUGAGCCGGUACAGACCCACGAAUGCCCGGAUCACCACGUUCCGGCUGGCCGGGGGGUUCGAGGAGCUGGAGACCCUGUCGGUGACAGGUGGACUCACAACCUACAAGGCACUGGUGAUAGACUCCAUCGCCAUGAUUGCCAAAGGCAUCGGGAAGUUCUCCGAAGACGUAAAAGAGGACGCCUGCAGAGAAACUCUCAGAGGAGAAUUGACUAGUGGCAUGGAGUUCGGUGGAAGGGCGUUCGGUCCUGACGGAUACCUGACGAAGUUCAGAAUCGACAUCUCUGAGUUCAACAACGGCGUUCUGCAAUCUGUGGGUAACUGGUCAACAGAGGAUGGCGCCAGUCUAGGCGGUGUCCAGUACUCCGAGGACCGCCCUCUUCCUUUCGCCGCUAAACGGAUGUUCCACAUAGAAACCUACACGCAAGGCGUCUUUGUGAACUUCACAGAGAACAGCAAAGACAAGACGGGUAACGGCGUGUUCGAAGGGUAUCUGAUUGACGUCAUCAACACCAUAGCAAGGAACCUGGAGUUCGACUUCGACCUGACGGUGGCACGCGUGAGCAAUGUGGGGAAGUUAAUCAAAGACUCACUAGUGGAAGGGGCUCAGAAACCCAAAGACAUGGGGCUGAUCCUGACUCCGCUGAACUACUCCGAGCAGGUAGACAUCACCCAGUCCGUCCUCAACCUGGGCUACACCGUCCUGUCCAAGAAACCAAAAUCUAAGGCAGUUGAUGUCAUCACACUCCUGACCCCUCUGCAAAACUUCACCUGGCUGUACGUCAUCGCCGUCUACGCCUGCGUGACCCUAGCGUUUUACGCCAUCAACAAGUUGGACCCGUACGAGUGGGGCCUGUACAACCGGCGGGUGGGGAGGGAGGAGGACGGGGACGAGCUGGCAGACCCGUACGGUCUCAGGAACAGCCCGUGGUUCGUCUACCGCGCCCUGGUCCUGCAGGGUAUGGAAAAAGUACCGAGGUCGUACGGCGGGAAGCUGAUCGGGGCUGGCUGGCUGCUGUUCUCCGUGACGCUGGUGACGUACUACAUCGCGACGUUCGCGGGUCUGCUGGUGGCGCCCUCCGCCCUGCAGAUCCACGGCAUGGAGGACCUGCACAACCGCCGGGACGUCGCGUACGGCAUCAACAAGUUCCUCCCGCCCGUCCGCAGCUUCUUCGAGGCGUUCGGGAAGGUUCCAGACGAGGACUUCAAACCAUUCAGGGAAAUGCACGAGUUUAUCAGUGAUAACCGGGUGGACGUGGUGGUCCCUACCGACAACACGGGAGUAGAGAAGGUACAGAAGGGGGUGUACGUCAGCGUUCCGGGCUCCUACUCCGACACCGAGUGGAAGCCUUACUCCUUCAUCACUCACUCCAAGAUCCAGUUCUUCGCCCAGGACCAGUGCCAGCUGGAGACGGCGGGGAACUACUUCUUUCCGUACGGCCUGGGACUCGCCUUCCCCAAGGGGUCCAUCUUUCACGACGAGUUCACCAAGGAAAUCCUAAGACUACAAGAAGAAGGCGUGUUGGAGGAGCUCCAGAACAAGUGGAUGACGGUGACGUAUGACUCCUGUAACUGUAACGGCGACGACCCCCUGGGAACGAGAGUGAUCGCGCCAGAGAACCUGACGGUGGUGUUUGCCGGAAUGGGCGUGGCCAUGGGCGUGGCCAUCUUCGUGGCGGUGGUGGAAUUUCUCUGGUUCUUCCAUAAGAGGGACAAAGAGUUUGAGAAACUGCACCCACCCAAGACACCAGACCAGAAGCCCAGCCGUCGCUCCUCGGCCUCCAUCGCCUUCAGGCGUCUGUCGUCCCUGUUCAGAAAAUCCAGUAAGCCUUCCGUUGAAGCUCCUCGGCCCCAGAAGGGGUCUACCGGCAGCCCCUUUCUAGACCGCAACAGCCCCCCGUUCGUCAACCCCAGUGCCCCGCGCGGGCCGCUGCCGUACCGCGGCGGGCCGCUGUCUCAGGACCGGGUGACCGUGUCGGUCAUCCCCACUUCGGACAACAAACUCGCCCAGAACGGCCGCGGAAUGCGGCUGACGUCAUCAGGUCAUGACCCCAACAUGGCGGACGGCGGCGAUGACGUGGACAGGGCUGGUUACCGCAUGCACGGCGCGCGCUCCACCGACACCGGGCUCGGGGAGUCCCCUCCCCUGGACGACGACAUGUCCGCCCCGGGGAAGGCCCUGAGCUACACCGUUAACGUGCACAGGAGCGAACGCGGGGACAUCAUCCGCCCGCCUCCCGAACCUCCAGUAGAGUUCGCACUAUGAUACACACAAAACCAAUUCGACGCCAUAGGCUUGGCCCCUGAGGCGUAGCCAAAAAAAUGGAGAUCACGCGUUAUAUGUUACAUGUAGUGCAUGAGGCAGAUGGAAAAACAACGUGAAGAACUUGAAGACAACAACUAUGUAGACGUAGUAAAACUAUAAGACAGUUUUCAGUUGAUAACAAGAAAACGAAAAUGCUCUAAAGACGCGAAA